AAAUUGAAGAAGGAACAAGAUAAGGUUCAUAGUCAUACGCGCCAUAAAAAGAGGGAGGAGUAGUGUGUAUCUUAAGUUAGCAUCAUCAAAUUGAUCUUCUUUCAGCAUAUCAGCCGGGAGUGCACGGUUACUCCACAGUAGCAACUCCACUCUUCUGUCUUCUCUCUCUAGAAAGUUAAACGAGAGAGAGAGAGAGAUGACUUUCCCUCUGUUUUGCCCUGCCCUGCUUGUUUUUGCAAUCAAUGCACCAAACCGCUCAUCCCUCCUAACAUUUCUCAACUCUCUACCAACGUUAUUAAUAACCCAUUCUCUUUCACUCUUCGCUGCUCUCUUCUAAAUUUGCUCCUAUCUGAUCCCAAAGCUUCAGUAUUGCAGAUGAACAUUGAAGGAAAAGCUGGUUUUGUCAUCGGUUCACAUAACUCCCUCAGCUUGUAUUUGACUAUGAUAAAAUGCCCCAUGUCCCCAAUUUUCUAUGUCAAGUUGUAAAGUUGCUUCGGCUUUGAUGUGUGGGAAUCUUUGGCAUUUGGUGGAUAGUCAUUUGCUCAGUUGACCAUUUCAGAAUUUCAUGUGAGAUCUGUUUAGCCAAAGGAUGAAUCUUAUCUCUUAUUGCAUCGGAUGUAUUCUCUGAGGAGCUAAGCAAUGGGGGCCUGUGUUUCGACUAGUAAUAAAAGGACUUGCAGUAGCAGGAACAAUGGAGAGAUGGUUUCUCAUUCGUGCUUGGGGAUUGGAUUUUCUGGGAGAAAGAGAACAAAGACAUUCUCAGACCGUGUGCAUACCCUGCAGAAUUUAACGUCUGUACCCAACCGCAUUUUUACCAAUGGAAAGAGCAGAACGUCUUGCAUAUUUACGCAGCAGGGCCGCAAAGGCAUAAACCAGGAUGCCAUGGUUGUGUGGGAGGAUUUCAUGUCAGAAGAUGCGGUAUUUUGUGGUGUGUUUGAUGGCCACGGUCCACAUGGUCAUCUUGUUGCUCGCAAAGUAAGGGAUGCAUUGCCCUUAAAGCUGCUGUCCUUCUUGGAUGCCUCUCAAUCAAGGUCAAAUGUGUCAAGUAAAACAUGUUUCAGAGGGAAUGUUAAGAAACCAAAUGAUGGAGAAACUGAGAAGGAUGCUUCUCCUGAAGAGAAGUUAAAUCUAGAAUGGAGAGAAGCUUUCAUGAAGUCAUACAAGUCCAUGGACAAGGAGCUUAGGUCUCAUCCUAAUGUAGAUUGUUUCUGUAGUGGUAGCACUGCUGUCACUCUAGUCAAGCAGGGGUCAAAUCUUUUCAUGGGUUAUAUUGGAGAUUCCAGAGCAAUCCUUGGAUCAAGAGACAGUAAUGAUUCGAUGAUAGCAAUCCAGUUAACUGUUGAUCUAAAGCCUGAUCUUCCAAGGGAAGCCGAAAGGAUUAAACGCUGCAAGGGUAGGGUGUUUGCUUUGCAAGAUGAACCUGAAGUAUCUCGAGUUUGGUUGCCUUUCGAUGAUGCUCCUGGGUUAGCGAUGGCUCGUGCCUUUGGGGAUUUCUGUUUGAAGGAGUAUGGAGUGAUCUCCAUACCUGAAUUUGUACACCGGAUACUUACAGAGAGAGACCAGUUCAUUGUCCUUGCUUCAGAUGGGGUUUGGGAUGUCUUGAGUAAUGAAGAGGUUGUUGAGAUAGUGUCCUCAGCUCCAAGCCGGGCAGCAGCUUCAAGAUAUGUGGUAGAUGCAGCUGCUCGUGAAUGGAAACUUAAAUACCCGACAUCAAAGAUGGACGACUGUGCAGUUGUCUGCUUGUUCUUAGAUGGAAAAAUGGACUCGGAAUCUGAUUACGAGGAACAAGGCUUUUCAUCUGCAACCCUGCAGAGCAAUCAUUCCGGCAAUGCAGUUGAAUCUGAUGAUGGCCAGAAGUCUGAGCCCACUUUGCUGAGGAAUUGCACCGUGAGAUCAUCUGAUGAAAGUGAUACUUACGGACGACUACCUGUCGAAGAGAACCUCGAACCAAUGUCAGCUGAAGACCAGAAUUGGUUAGGUUUAGAAGGUGUCACGCGGGUGAACUCCCUUGUUCAGCUUCCAAGAUUUUCUGAGGAAGGGCCGAUUCAAGUAUGAAAUGGCCUUUUGUUGUCUAUGUGAUCUUCUUUUUGCCUCAUUAAAUCCAAAAGAAAGAUAAACCUUUCUGGAUUGGCAUUUCUUCCAAAUUUGUUGUAGGCACAAAAUGUCAGGAUACAGUUCUGUUCAGGUAACUGAGGCAUUAACAAGAUCAUUUAAUUUCUCAAGUUUAUGUAUAUUAAGUCCCAAUGACACUUUGCCAAUGUAGAUGCAGCGUUUGUUACC